AGUUCUUACUUGUAUACCUGUCUUACAGCUUCGUAUAAUGCAAGGCCAAUAUAACCUGAGAAGUCCGGCGGUGAAGAGGCUGAUGAAGGAGGCUCAAGAACUGAGUGAACCAACAGAGCAGUACUUUGCCCAACCGCUAGAUGACAAUCUUUUUGAGUGGCAUUUCACUAUACGAGGUCCCGAUGACUCAGAGUUUGAAGAAGGGAUAUACCAUGGUAGAAUUGUCUUACCUCCUGACUACCCCAUGAAACCCCCCAGCAUAAUACUACUUACACCCAAUGGGAGGUUUGAAACUUUCAAAAAGAUUUGUCUGAGUAUAUCAGGUCACCACCCUGAGUCAUGGCAACCUUCAUGGUCAAUCCGUACAGCUCUACUAGCUAUCAUAGGUUUCAUGCCUACACAUGGUAAUGGUGCAAUAGGAUCUUUGGAUUAUACACCAGAGGAAAGAAAAAAGUUGGCUAAAAAAACUCAAGAUUGGUCAUGUGAGGCAUGUGGCAAUAUACGUUCUAUACUAAAGCCUGUUACAGAGGCCUCUAAGAAAGAAAAGGAAGAAGCCAAGGCUCUUGCCCAGCAGAUAAGCUUCCAGGGGGAAAAGGAAAAGGGAAAAAAUUGGAGUGGAGAGACGUCCCCAACUAAAAAUUCAACUUCUGAUCCAGUAACACCCCCUGGCCAAUCUAGCCCAGCCCCUGAGCCUAAUCAAUCACAGCCUAUGCCCCCAUUCUUAGCAAACAUGGACCCAACCAUGGCUGCUAGGUUUCGUUUUAUGAUGUCAAUGCCAAGGCAACCAUUUCCAGGACAACAACCUGGUGACCCCCAACAGAGGUUGCCAUUUCCAUUUCCCCCACUUCCAAGGGGUAUGCCAAUGCCCCCUCCUGGGUCCAUGGUUUUUCAAAGAUUUUCAGGACCUUUUGAUCCAAAUCAACGACCCCCUUGGAUGCCUGAGUUUGCAACAGGUUUCCCUCCAAGAGUUGUAUCCCCUACAGGGGCUGCCCCAGGGACUGCUACCUCUCCAGGGAUUGCCUCAGAUGCUAGUACUCCAGUAUCCUCCCCGAGUGCCUCACCAGGUGGAGCUACCAAUACAGACACCUCUACAGCGCCAUCUAACUCUAACUCCACACCAGGCAAUACAGCUUCCAAAAGUACCCCAAUUACUAACAACUCACUAAAUUCAAGUACGACAUCACAAACUACAAGUAUAACAUCACAAACAACAAGUGUGACAGCACAGAAUGCAAGUUCCACAUCUCUGGGUGAAACUUCCACGACAACAACCCCCAGUACGACUACGACCCCCACAAGCGUCAGACAGAGGACAACAGCAGCCCAGAUGAGGGCCCCAGGACAAACUGGGGGGACACGCACGGGACCACACGGGACCACAAGGACUCAAUCAGAAAGCAAUAAUUCUAUAUUCUCAUUACUUCUAAUAAUAGUUUUGAGUUGUCUGUUCCUCACUCUGCUGGCCAGAAGGAUUGUGUUAACAUACUAUCAGGAUGAGUCUCUUUAAACAUAAGACCCAUUGGAGAUUCCCACUU